GAUCAGUCCAUUUUUUUUUCAAACCCCCCCAGCCCCCCUCACCGGAAAAUCGCCCCCUUCACCUUCUCCCUCGAUUUUCCGGCCAUAACUCCCUCUCCCGACCUCCAAAUCACAAACCGCGACUGCCCCCACGCUCCUGGCGUCAAGGAGCACAUUCCCCAAAGAUUUGGGCUGGUUUGGCCGAGGUUGGGUCACCGGCGGUGAGUUUUCCGGCGAGUCUCCGGUGUGUUUUCCGGCGACUUUGGGUGCUUCUUUCCACUUUCUUCACCUCUCUCGUGGUCUCUUCUUGCGUCUCCAGGUGUGUUCUCCUUUUCUUUUACUAUAUUUAUGGAGAAUCGAUACCUAGAGUUAGGUGAAGAACUUCUGAUUGUGGAAUCCAUGGUUUGGGAAAAUUUUGGGUUUGGGGGUGUGAUUGUGCUGAUUGCAUGUUGCCUGGUAUGCGUGCUAUGUGCAUUUUCUGUGGCCUCGCUUGGCGCUAUUUAGGACAGUUGUGGUAUGCUUGUUUUACCGGGGGCCUAGUCCACUGUCCGAAUCGCUCGAUUUGAGGGUCCCGGUAUAUUUUGCUGUGUGUUUCUCGUAUGAUGGGUAUGUGUAUGUCGCCGGUAGUCUAGUCCACUGUCCAUAUCUUUCGAUAUGAGGGAUCCCGGUGUGGGUUUGGCCUAACAUUGACCCCGUUUGCUUGUGCACACUUUGUCCUUCAUUGUGUUUUGCAGGAUCAUGGAGACUUACCUCGACCAGCUGAACAUCGUCCAGCGCCACAAGCUGCGGAACCUCCGUACCCGCAGCAUCGACGAGCACCAUCACCUCGAGUGGGAGGUGUUCGGAGAGCUUCAUGCCAGGCCACAGAUGGAGGCCGUGGUCCGCUCCCCUGCUUGGCGGCGUCUUCUCACCCUUGCCGAGCCGACCUACAAGGAGCUCGUCUUGGAGUUCUACGCCACCUUCAACCACAACUCGAGGGGGAACUCCGACCAUUCUAAUGCAGUCCAGUUCACACUCGGCGGGGUGGAGCACUCCCUCAGCUAUUGGGAGUUCGCCAAUGCCCUUCGUCUAAAUUCCCGGACAGCAGGCGGGCCUCCUCUCCGCUUGGAUCUCUCUGAUCCCACGGACUUCGCUUCCCAGGCGUACUUCCAGACCAUUUGCCUGCCGGACAGUGUGGAUGAAGAGUACGUGGCCAGCCAGACGCGGGCUGCUCUCCUCUGUCUGGAGUGGCGGAUCCUCAACCACCUCAUGUGCACUUCUUACACACCCAGCGCCGGCUCGUCCAAUCGGGUCACACUCCGGACUCUCUGGUUGAUGCAUGCGAUGGGUCGCUCCGAGGACAUCAUCCAGCUGGGAUCUGUGCUUGCCCGGACGUUCACUAAGCCAGCCAUCAGCACGUCUCGCGCCCUCGUUUGUGGCCCGGUGAUCACCGCCUUGGCCCGCAUCUACGGGGUGGACUUCACAGAGAUGACACUGGUCCGAGGGCCGAGCCCACUCAGCGAGGCUAAUCUUCGCCACCAGCACUUGAUUGCGCAACACGGGCGUGUGCGCUGGAUUGAGGGCCUUCCUCAGCCACCUAUACCUGCCGAGGGCGACCAGGCCGAGUCGAGCGCCGCUGGUGGACGCCGAGUUAGUCGCGUUCCUCGUCGUGCCCAGGCUCCCGCGAGCCCCUCUCCUGCUCCCCGGUCUCCAUCUGCAGGACCACCUCCUCCGGUGGUGGUCCCCAUCUCCGACCAGUUGGCAGCGAUCUCGCAGCAGAAUGAGCGCAUCCUGGCCGGCCAGGAGCUCAUCCACACCCGCCUUGAUCGUGAGCGGGACCGAGGGCGUCGUCUCAUGUCGGGGCAGCACUACAUCAUGUCCUACUUGGGCGGGGGGUUCUUUGUAUGAAUUGGAACGUAUAUAUGUGUGCUUGGAGCCUAGUCCACUGUCCAAAUCGCUCGAUUCGAGUGCUCCAAGCAUGGCUGUUUGCUUGAUGAUUGAUCGUAUUGGCACUGUGGAUGUGAUUAGUGAACUGAAUGGCUUUUGACUUGAUACAUGACAACUUGAGUGUGACUUAGACAACUUAUUUGUGAUGACUGAGAUGUGCAGUAGAAUUGUGUAGGGGUUCAGUUUCUCAAUUGUCUGCCCACCAAAUGUGAUUUGGUUUGAUCACUUGCUUUUGACAGUCAGUUAUGCAUCUAGUUCAGGGAAUCAGAACGAGAGAUAGAGCAUAUAGGUAGCCAUGUGAGAUUUGAGCCUGCUCGUUUCUUUCUUGUGCGAUAGUUUCCUCUUCCAUGAUGUGCAGCAUUCACGUUGUCAUUAGCUAAGAUGAUGGAGGCAUAGGAUUAACCCGCGACCAAAUUGACUGUCCUGGUGUGUCAUACCCCUAGUCAGCCCCUUUGAGCCGUGUGUUUUCCUUUCUUUCGAUCUUCAAUGAAAAGACACCCUUUUG